AUGGAAGGACAGAGCAAUGAAACAGUAGUAACUGAAUUUAUUAUUUUGGGUUUCCCCAGUUUAAAGAAAAUCUACCCUUUGAUGUUCCUACUUUUCUUGCUGAUAUACAUCUUCACUAUUACAGGGAACCUCACCAUUUUCAUAACAGUGUUGACAAACCACAAGUUGCAAAUACCUAUGUUUUUUUUCCUCAACCAUCUAUCUGCAAUGGAAAUCUGGUACACUUCAGUCAUUGUCCCAAAAAUGUUAUCCAGGUUUUUAACAAACAGCGGAAGUAUUUCUUUUAAUAACUGCAUGAUACAGCUGUAUCUGUUCAGUUCUCUUGGAGCAUCCGAGUGUUAUCUACUUACUGCCAUGGCUUAUGAUCGGUACCUAGCUAUUUGCCAGCCUCUGCAUUAUGUUUCUAAAAUGACCAACUUAACUUCACACCAGCUGGCCUCUGGGUCUUGGAUUGGAGGCUUUAUUUCACCAAUCCUUCCUGUAGUAUUAAUAUCUAAACUUAACUUUUGUGGUCCUAAUCAAGUGAACUACUUCUACUGUGAUUCUCAACCUCUUCUUAAACUGUCCUGCAGCAGUACCCGAUUCACAGAGACAGCAAUUUCCACACUUGCAACUGGACUUAUAUUCACCUCUUUCCUCUUAACUGUACUCUCCUACAUCUUCAUAAUCUCCACAAUUUUGCGGAUCCCUUCAGCCACUGGAAGGAAGAAGUCUUUUUCCACGUGUGCCUCUCACUUAACUGUUGUCAUGAUUUACUAUGGUACUAUAACAGCCAUGUACAUGCAGCCCAUGUCUCGAUUUUCCUUGGAUAUCAACAAAGUGUUAUCUUUACUUUAUACAGUUGUUACACCUUUGGUCAAUCCUAUUAUAUAUAGUUUAAGAAACCAGGAGAUGAAGCAUUACCUGAGAAAGUUAUUUGGAGAAAUGAUAAACAAAAAGGAUAGCAUUGGAUAA